UAACGUGGUAAAUAAUCUUGCUUCACAUCUUCGUACUGUGGAAGAGCUGAAGGUCGUCCUCGUCACGGCUUUAGCUCUGUCUCUCUCAUGCUUCAUGUUCCGUUAUGGAGAUUUCGUCUUCAACCUAUCACUUCACGUCUCUACAGAUGUGGUUUCUGCGUUUGGUCAUGCUCUUACACAUCACUUUCUUCUCCUACGAUGGUUUCCGGAUCUUCGAGCUGCUCUGUUAUUACUAAAAAAACCCUCUUCGAUUUCAUCGGUCAUGUUCUCCAACGAUGCAUAACGGUUCAUCAAUGUCGCCAAGUGCACGCGCAAGUUAUCGCCUCCGACAUGAUGAACCGUUCUGGGUUCUUGGCCGCCAGAUUAGUAUCGGUUUAUUCUGAAUCGGGUCUCCUCCUCGAUGCCCGUAACGUGUUUGAGGGUGUAAUUUCAUCUCUUGUUCCUUCUGAUUUACUCUUGUGGAACUCGAUCCUGAGAGCUUACAUAUAUCAUGGAUCGUACGAGGUUGUCCUUCAGCUUUACGCGGAAAUGCGUAAAAGAGGUGUUCUGGCUGAUGGCUUUACUUUCCCUUUAAUCCUUCGGGCUUGCAGGUUUUUGGAUCGUUAUGAUUUGUGUAGGAUUUUGCAUAAUCACGUUAUUCAGAUGACUUCGCGAGAUAAUCCCCAUGUGGAGAACGAAUUGCUGUUGAUGUACUCAAAGAUGGGAAAAAUGAGAGACGCCUACAAUCUGUUUGUUAAAAUGUCCGUACGAGACCAGAUUUCAUGGAAUUCUAUGAUUUCGGGGUUUUCCCUGAAUUAUGAUUGUGACAGUGCUGUAAGGAUGGUUGAAUGGAUGCAAUCAGAAGGGUUUGAACCCAAUGAAGCGACUUUGACUCCAUUGUUAUCUUCUCAUCGUCGAUGUGGACGACAUGAAGAAGUUAUCAAGUGUUUCGAUGUGAUGCGAACACGAGGAGUUACAGCUAGCGGUGAAGCUCUUGCUGUUUUCUUCUCUGCUUGUGCUGAUUUGGGCGCAUUCAGGAAGGCUGAAAAAGCUCAUGGGUAUGCUAUAAAAGGCGGUUUCGUGGAUUACUUGCCCUCCAAGAAUGCGCUGAUACUUGUGUAUGGGAAGCAGGGGAAAGUAAAAGAAGCUGAGCAGGUAUUCUGCGGAAUAGUAAACAAGACGAUAGAGAGCUGGAAUUCGUUGAUGACAUCGUUUGUUGAAGCUGGUUUACCUGAUGAGGCUCUUUCUGUAUUUUCCGAGUUAGAGGAAAUGAGUGAUCCUUUAAAAGUCAAGGCUAAUGUUAUCACUUGGACCUCCAUUAUUAGAGGGUGCGCAACACGAGGAAGAGGAAUGGAGUCAUUGGAACUUUUCCGAAAAAUGCAAUUUUCCAACGUAUUGCCGAAUUCUGUGACUGUUUGUUGUAUUCUAUCCACUUGUGCAGAGCUGACGGCUUUUAGUCUUGGAAGGGAAGUUCAUGGUCAUAUAAUCCGAACCUUAGCGGGUGAUAACAUUCUGGUUCAGAAUGGAUUGGUGAACAUGUACAUGAAAUGUGGGUCCCUCAGUGAGGGAGAUAUGAUAUUUGAAGUAAUGACAGAGAAGGAUUUGACAUCGUGGAACACGAUGAUCUCAGGUUAUGGUAUACAUGGGCAUGGGGAGAGAGCUCUAGGCAUCUUUGAUCAAAUGAUAAAAGCUGGAUUCUGUCCUGACGAUGUCACUUUGAUUGCUGUUCUUUCAGCCUGUAGUCAUGCAGGACUGGUCAAAGAGGGCCGCGAGAUUUUUUAUUCGAUGAGUAAGGAAUUUGGAAUAGAACCCCAAGUACAACACUAUGCCUGUAUUGUUGAUAUGCUUGGUCGUGCAGGAUUUCUGAAAGAAGCGAGUGAAAUAUUGAAGAGCAUGCCGAUAGAGCCCAACACCCGUGUAUGGGGGGCUCUAUUAAAUUCUUGCCGAAUGCACAACAACAUGGACCUUGUGGAGGAACCAGCAUUACAGCUAUUCAGUCUUGAGUCGGAAAUGGCAGGAAAUUAUAUGUUGCUGUCUAACAUUUACUCUGCAGGUGGAAGAUGGGAAGAAUCUGCAAAGAUUAGGGCUUUGGCCAAGACAAGGGAUCUAAAGAAAGUUGCUGGAAGCAGUUGGAUUGAGGUGAAGAAGAAAGUGUACGUCUUUUCAGCAGGGGCGGCAAAGGGAGUGACAGAGGAGAACGAGUUGCCAAGAAUCUACCAAGUCCUUGAGGUUUUGAUUUGUAAUAUGUGGAAAAACAAGCCUACACUCGAUGUGAACUUACACGAGGAGAAUCUGGAUAUCUUUGCCGAGUGAGAGAUGUAAGUGUUUGAUACGCCAUACAUGGUUUACGUUCGAAAGGGACAAAGGAAUGCAGAGGAGAAGCAGGCGAAAUAAGGGAAGAAGGGGAGCUGAUUGCAUUUCCGUUGCAGCAUUCUAUUCAUAGCUAUUAUGUUUGUUGUUUGUUUGGUUGUUUGAAUAUGUUAGCCUAGAUAUUGUUGCGCCAGUUCAGGGAUUAUAACUGAGCUGUAUAUAUACUUUCAAUUUGAGUUUGGUCGGGAUUAUGGGAAUUUUUUGAAAAAGGUCGUUGGGAGUUAGAUCAUUUGCGUGAUGA